GGCUACAUUUCCUUCAUUUCCUCAUCGGCCAAAGUGAAGACAUGUACAUUAGUCAUUCGUGAAUAGUGUUCGCCCCGUUCUAGCUCUGCUAAUCGAAUUUCAACUUGAAAAGUUUGCUUCAGCUCUUAUUCGGAGGAAAUUGGAAAUGGACAGAGUUAACAUUCAGCUGGAUGAUGGGAAAAGGCUCAGAAACGAAAGAGAGAUGAAAGCUGAGUUGUCGGAUGGUUUGAGGAAAGCCCUCCUUGAGAAAUCAACCAAAAACCAACUAGGAAUUUCGGAGGUUGGGAAGCUGCGUGCCAUGACUGAGGAGAUUUUUGAGCUUAGAAUGUUGUAUGGGAAACUGCAAUUCAGUGUAGAUCAGAAGGACUUGCUUUUAGACCAGAUUAGUUCUGCCAAUGGGAAGCUUGAAUCUGAGUGUGAUGUGAGAUUUCGAAAAUUGGAGGGUGAAAACGGGGAUUUAGUCUUGUUAUUAGAUGAAGCAUUUGCAAGAAUUCAUGAUUUAGAGAAGAAGACUGCUUCAAGUUCUGAGGAAAUAUCUGGACUCAAAAGGCUCUUAUCAGUUAAACAAGAGAUGGACUCUGAAACGAAGAAUAAUGUAUCGGUGGAUCUGAAGGAGAGAGACGAACACGUACUCAAACUGGAGGAGGAAAACAGAGUUUUCCAAGAUCAGUUGAGAUGGAGAAACGAGCAGUUCUCACACCUUGAAGAAGCAUACAAAAAGCUUCAGGCUUUGUUCAACGAGCGUGAGUUGGAGUGGCAGAAGGAGAAAUCAUCACUUCUUCAUGAAAUCUCUGAAUUGCAAAGUACUUUGGAUGCCCGGGAUUUUGCCUCAAAGUCAUUGCUUGAAUUAGAAAGCACAGAAACACUGAAGCUCAUGUUGCAGAAGUCAGAGUCUGAGGUUGAAAAUCUGAAGUUAAAUUUGGAAACAAAUCAGCAAGCACACGAGCAGGAGAAGACAAGCCUUCUCGUCUCCAUGAAUGAGAAAGAUGCCAAAAUUGGUAGCUUGGAGCAACAGAUUUCCAUGUUAAAGUUGAUGAUUUUAGCAGAAUCGAAGGCUGCUGAAAAUAUCAAUCAAGAGAAGGAUAACUAUGUCAAGAAUCUUCAGAACGAGAUUGCACAGUUAAGGAACGAGUUGGCUGAAAGAGAAGUGACAAAUGACACUCUAAGACAGGAAAAUGAUGGGAUGAUAUCUUCUAUUGACGAAAAAGAAGAGAAAACGCAACAACUUCGGGUAUCUCUUGCAGGGAAGGAGUAUGUGCUUGAUGAAGCAUUUACGGAAUCAGAGGAUCAGAAAACCUCAGAGGCUGAAGAGAAAAACUGGGUGAUUGCCGACAUGGAGAAAGAAAUGAAUAGAUUGCACGAGAGCUCAGCGCAAGUAGUCCUACAGCCUGGAGAAACCAAGGGAUUGGAAGAGCACAGAGGUCAACUAGAGAAUGAAACGAGGUGCUUUGAAAAUCUCCUCGAGGAGCUCGUGUCCCACAAACAAGCUUUGCUUGAUGGUCGAACAAAAGAGGAAAAUAACAGGGAGAAUUUGCUUGCACAGCUUGAAAGCAUGUGUCAGCUAAUCGGAUCGUUGUGCACGGAAGAUGCAAAAUUGAUGAAAUCAUCUCCCCUUUACGAGGAAGACGGUGGAAGUGAUGAAUUCAUCAAUAGUUUGGUACUCUCUAGAAAAUCUGUUCAAGUGUGUUUGAGUGAAAGAGCUCCACUAGCAGAGCUAAAUGUGAGUUCUCUAUCUAUAUAGAAUGUUAAAUUAUACCUCUUUUGUAACACUUACUCAAUUUCUUUUGUAGAAUGUAAGACUCUCUCAUUGUGAAAAAGAUAAUGUUAUU